AUGCUUGCGGUGGUCGUCAACGAACAGCAAAACGAUUGGGACGUACAUCUCCCGCACGUUGAGUUUGCCUACGACAAUUCCGUGAACCAGUCUACUGGAUUAGCGCCAAACGAGAUCCACAUCGGACGCAUCCCGCGACUCCCGCUUUCGGUCUUCGAUCAUCCCACGGUAGGUGGUCAUCAAAUCUUGGUCCGCAAUCAACUCGAGUAUUGCAACCUGGCUGUCGAUCGCCAGCGCCGGGCCUACGAACUUGUCCGUGAGUACAACACCCUGAAGAUUUCGCGAGUCGAACGCCGCAAUUCAUCCCUGCUGGACGCCAUUCACAAGCUCCCGCAGUUGACCAUUGGCGAGUGGGCUUGGGUGUACAACACGGCUGCUACAAUUCGACAGGGUGUGCAGAAGGACACGGACCAACAGGUGCUCAAGACCAAAUUCACGCUUUCCUGGACGGGGCCCUACAAAGUUCUUGCGGUGGGUCCCACCUCUGCCGACGCCACUCCGGAGGGCCGCUCGUUGGCGCGUAAACUCCUCUACCUGGACCUGCCUUCCGAUCUUUCCGGCCCGGCAGCUCGUUGUCGCGUGUCUGUCCUUCGUUGCAAGCCCUGUCGCAAUCCGUACGAGACGGACGACUUGCCGCAAUCUCUACCUGCCGAGCUUUCGCGUUAUGUUCUGCACUCUUUCGGAGAUAAAUGUCCACCUUUCCACGUCACCGCGGAUGAUGUGUCGGUGCCUGUCGGGCGCCUCGAGGUCGACUAUAUCUCGGGACAUCAACUGGUGCGGGACCGUAGCGGCGUUCUCGCUGUCCUGUACCCGACGUAUUGGGUAGGCCUGACUACUCCUUCAUUGGAACGGGAAUCCGACCUUGAUCUAUUCCGUCGACACAUCUUCCUGUACUGGUCCCGGGAGGCCUGCCAAAGCAAGCAGGGGCCCGUGAUGGAUUGUGGUGGACCGGACGUAUUGGUGCUCAUCAGGGCGGCUCGUACAUCGUUCGAUUUUUGGAUGACCCGGGCCCAAGCGUUCUGCCUCUGCCUGCGCAUCUCUACUCCACCGCCUUGGACGCCGUCUGUGGAUCAUGGUGUUUAG